AUACAUACUUUGCCAAUUAUGCAAACAGUGAAAAUGUGAAAUUAAUGAAAUUGCAUAGCAAAGAAAUUGUUUCGCGGGCGUGAGAUGCUUUAUAGUUGUAUUUUGCAAAUAUAUGUACAAAUGUGUUCGUGACAGUUUAUUUUACAUACAUUAAACGUUUUUACAUACAAACGCGUAUACAGUACUUUUUUAAAACAAUAGCUUAACAAUUAAAGUGCUAAAGUUAAAACUAAUUGUAGCGCAAAAGUAAGCGUCAGCACGAAAAUAAGCAUUUUUAUCGACGUUUCAUUGACGCGAACACACACACACACACAUACACAAGCAGACCAGACGUUACACGUGCGUGUGUACACACACAUACACAAACACGCCCAUACCCAAGGCAGCGCUCAGCUGUUUAUUCCUGUCAAUGUGUUAGUUGAUCCUGCAUAAAAGAAUAUAAAUCGCUACGGAGAAUCCAUGGGUUCGCUGGGACACCGUGCAUUGCUGCAGUACAUCGAUAAUAAUGAUAUAUCUGGCCUACGCGCUAUACUCGAUAGUCGUCACUUAACCAUCGAUGAUCGCGAUGAGAAUGCCACGACGGUGCUUAUGGUGGUUGCUGGUCGCGGCCUAAUCGCAUUUGUGAGAGAAUUUCUAUCCAGAGGCGCCGAUGUGCAGGCGGAGGACUUGGACAACUGGACUGCGUUGCUGUGUGCCACACGCAAUGGACACUUGGAUGUGGUGCAGCUGCUGAUCGAUCAUGGCGCUGAAGUCGAACAUCGUGAUAUGGGCGGCUGGACUGCGCUAAUGUGGGCAUCGUAUCGUGGGCAUACGGAAAUUGUGCGUCUGCUGCUGGACAAGGGCGCCGAUGGCAAUGCGCAUGGCAAUUAUCAUUUGGGCGCGCUGCUGUGGGCGGCGGGGCGUGGCUACAAGGAUAUUGUCGAGCUGCUGGUGCAGCGUGGCGCCAAAGUGAAUGUGGGCGAUAAAUACGGGACAACAGCGCUGGUGUGGGCGUGUAGGCGUGGCAAUGUGGAAAUCGUCGACACGCUGCUGAAGGCGGGUGCCAAUGUGGAUACGGCUGGCAUGUACUCGUGGACGCCACUACUGGUGGCUGCCGCUGGCGGGCACACAGACUGCGUUAGUUCGCUGCUGGAGAAGAAGCCGAAUGUGAAUGCACUGGACAAGGACGGCAUGACGGCGCUGUGCAUAGCGAGCAGAGAAGGCUCGCAGGAUAUAGCGGCGGCGCUUAUAGCCGCCGGCGCUUACAUCAAUAUACAAGAUCGUGGUGGCGAUACGCCGCUGAUACAUGCGGUGAAGGGCGGACAUCGCAGCGUGGUGGAGGCGCUGCUCAAGAAGCACGCCGAUGUGGAUAUACAGGGCAAGGAUCGCAAGACGGCCAUCUAUACGGCCGUGGAGAAGGCGCAUACGCAAAUUGUCAAAAUGCUGCUGUCGACCAAUCCGGAUCUGGAGGCCAGCACCAAGGACGGCGACACGCCGCUGCUGCGCGCAGUGCGCAAUCGCAAUCUGGAAAUCGUGCACAUGCUGCUGGAGCGCAAGGCCAAGGUGACGGCCAGCGACAAGCGUGGCGACACCUGCCUGCACAUAGCCAUGCGAGCGCGCUCCAAGGCCAUAGUCGAGGCGCUGCUGCGCAACCCAAAGCACAGUCAGCUGCUGUACCGCGCCAACAAGGCGGGCGAGACGCCCUACAACAUUGACUCACUGCAUCAGAAGACGAUACUGGGGCAGGUGUUCGGCGCUCGCCGCUUGAACACCAACGAGGACUCCGAGGGCAUGCUGGGCUAUGAGCUGUACUCCUCGGCGCUGGCGGAUGUGCUCAGCGAACCGACACUAACCACGCCCAUUACCGUGGGUCUCUAUGCCAAGUGGGGCAGCGGCAAGAGUUUUCUGCUCAACAAACUGCGCGACGAAAUGAACAACUUUGCACGCCAAUGGGCCGAGCCGCCUGCCAAGACGGGCGGACUGCUGUUUCUAGUCUGUCUGCAUAUAGCGCUGCUCAUUGGCGUCAUUGUGGGCCUGAGCAGCUGGUCGCUCUGGUGGGGCCUGCUGGCGGCGGCGCUGCUCCUGCUUGUCACCUACUUGCUGCUGGCGGCGACCAAGUACUGCAACUAUCAGAUGGACAUGUUCUGGGCCUACUCCGUGCUGCAUGCCAUAGAGAAGCGCAUGACGCGUCUGCGUCUAAUACUGCAGGUGAGCUUCUGCCAUCCGCCCGGACCGCAGGCAGACUCGCAGCCCAAGCCUGUGCGCUUUCACUUUGCCGAGGCGAGCAGCGCUUCACCCACAGGCGAUGGCGCGGUGGCGCAUAUGCUAGCUGCGCUGCUGGAUGCCAUAGAAUCGCACUAUGGCUGGCUGUCCACGCGUCUGUAUCGCGCGUUUCGUCCGCGCUGUCUGAAGUCGGACAUUGGCUGGCGCUGGCGUCGCAUGUGCUGUCUGCCCAUUGUGCUGCUGUUUGAGAUUACGCUGAUUACGCUAGUGGCGGGCAUUUCACUCAUCAUUGCCUACUUCACCUAUGCCAGCAAGGCGGAGCAGCAGCAGAUACUGGUAGCCAUCUAUGUGAUAGCUGCAGUGCUGCUGACCAUUGUGUGCACGCAUUUGCAUGUGCUCGCCAAGAUUUGCGGCUCGCUGUUUAUAUCACACAAGCGUCAGCUCAAACGCGCUGUGCGCUCGCAGGAAUGUGCACCGCUUACCAUGCUGGGCGCUGAGGUGGCUGUUAUGACGGAUAUGGUCAAGUGCUUGGAUGCGUUUACCAAUCAGCAGAGUCGUCUGGUCGGCGUCGUUGAUGCGCUGGACUCUUGUGAUACGGAGCGCAUACUGACGCUGCUGAAUGCUGUGCAAACUUUGCUCUCCUCGCCCAAUCGUCCGUUUGUGCUGCUCAUUUCAGUGGAUCCACAUGUCAUAGCCAAGGCGGCGGAAGCCAACAGCCGACGCUUGUUCACUGAGGGCGGCAUUGGCGGUCACGACUUUCUGCGCAAUCUGGUGCAUCUGCCUGUUUAUUUGCAAAACUCUGGACUGCGCAAGGUGCAGCGUGCGCAGAUGACUGCGCUGCUGUUCAAGCGCAGCGCGGGCGGCACAGACUUUCAAACAGAUGAGAGCGGCGGUGCUACGCUGGGUCAUUCGGUUUCGGCGCGGCGUUUGUCGAAUGCUUCGGAGAUUAUGUCCAGCCAGGAGAAGCUGCGUGCGCCGCGUGCUCAAGGUGCGGGCAAAAAGUUGCGUCUUUCCGAGUCUGUAGCCAGCUCCAUUGGCUCCAAUUUGCAUCGACUGGGACAGAAUCCACAGGGCGUGUUGGAUCUGUCGCGCAUUGUGCUCACCGAUGACUACUUUAGUGACGUAAAUCCACGCAGCAUGCGGCGCCUAAUGAAUGUCAUCUACAUUACUGUGCGUCUGCUCAAAGCAUUCCAGAUUGACUUCAGCUGGUAUCGUCUGAGCUCCUGGAUCAAUCUCACCGAGCAGUGGCCACUGCGAGCGAGCAUGAUAGUGCUGCAUCACGAUCAGUUCAUGGACGGCAAUGCCGAUGAGAAUGUGUCGCUGCAGAGCGUAUACGAAAAAGUGCGUCCUAAGCUGGCUUGCUUGAGAGAAGCCGCACCGCUGCUGGAGCUGGAUCGUGAUGAGCGCAAGUUGGAUGCGUUUCUGCAGCUGCACAAGUCGGACUUGCUUGUUGCAGAUUUGCGCAUCUUUUUGCCCUUUACUAUAAAUCUUGAUCCGUAUUUAAGAAAAGUGUUGAAAGAGGAUCAGCAGAUUAUUGAAGACGAGGGCUCGCUGGUGCUACAAGCACGUCCUAGUGUUAGCUAUCGCCAGCAACCACCAGCAGCUGCGCCCGCAGCCACUUAUGUGCCUUCGCCACAACCUUAUCCCUAUCAAAUGCUGCAGAACGACUUCAUAGGCUCCAGUGAGCUGCGUAUGCGCAAUGUAAACAACCUCAGCGCAGAGCCGCAAACACCUUUAAUAACAUCGCCCAGCGAUUCAUUUAACGAUGACAUACUGCAAACUCGACUAACCGAUCUAACUGUUGAGGGUGUUAUUAGCUUGCUGGAGCGCUUGGAUGAUCUGAAGCCAGCGCUGUCCAAGCUGGCGCCUAUACUACGUGACAAUGCCAUCAAUGGACGCGUGCUUAAGCAUUGUGAGCUAAGCGAUCUUAAAAUGGAGCUGGGUCUGAGCUUUGGCCACUGGGAGCUGUUUCGCUUGCUUAUAACUACGCUGCGUGAGUGCGAGCGCAUGCCGCGCAAGCUGCGCGUCCAAGCUGCCAUCACCGAGACGCCCGCCAAUGUCACAGUGCUGCGAGAUGUGCCCGAUGCUUUGCCAGCGCCUUCAUCACGUCGCAACUCGGUUAGCCACAUGGAGAAGCAGUCCAAGGUACAUGAUUAUGAGUUUCUACAGGUAACGCUGGAGGAGCAAAUGAUAUGCGGCGCCUUGCAGACGCUUAACGAGGAGGCUUUUGAGGAUGUGGCCAGCAGCGAGCGGCCGAGUCCAUCGGGUUUGCCCACAGACCUCGAUUUGGCCAGUGGCUCGGCAGCUGCUGCUCUAUUGACGCCCACUUUGCUGCCCUCCGGCUCUCCCAUGCAGCUACGUCGUGAUUCUAUUUUGAAGCAACAGGGCAGCGUUAAAUCGGAGAAGCGUGUAUCGAUCAAACAAACUCUUAGUGGCAACAAUUUGGCUGCGCUUGUCAGCAGCAAUAACAAUAAUAAUAACUCCAAGCUGGCACCAAAUGUGGAAUACGUUUCAGAGAUGCCAGGCAGCAGCAAAGCGCGCCUAACCACCAAGCCGCCCACAGGUCCACGUCCUGCCUCACUCAUCAUUACCAAAAGCGAUUCGAGCGCACAGUUUCAACUGCUGCGCUCUUCUUCUAUAGAAUAUGAAGACAUCGAGGCCCAACAACUGGAGCAUGCUACUAGACGUGCUAUUAGAGCCACUUUAUUGGAGCAGCAGGAGGAUGAGUCGGCGCCUUUAGUUUUUACUGUGCGUAAAUCAUAGGAUCACUAACUAUAUACACUCUAUACACUAGUCUCUCGAACUGAUCCUACAAUUUUUAUGAGAGAUUCUGUGAAGCUGUUAACUUUAAUUUAUCUCUUUGAUUAGCAGGGACUGUAACAGCAUUAUAAAUGUAAAUUCAAUAUGUGCUUUUUACUUAGUGCCAGUUAAAGUUAAGUUUACAGUUACAUUAUAGGCUGUAGUUUUAUUGUAACGUGUGUCACUUUGUUAGGCCGUUUACCCGUUCUAUACAUAUAAUGUUGAUAGAUAAUUUGUUCUGAUUAAUAUACUAUGUAUACACUUACAAUAUGAAUUUAAUGUGCUUACUAUAUAAAAGUAUGCAUAUGAAAAUUAAGACAAUUA